CGCCCCGCCGCCGCCUCCUCCGCCUCCUCCGCCUCCCUCCGCGCGGCAAAAUGCCAGCCCCUGAGCAGACCCCAAUGGUGGAGGAGGGGCUGCCGCAGACAACACAGGAAACUUCCACAGGCCCAGGCAUGGAACCAGAGACUACUGCCACUACCAUUUUAGCUUCUGUAAAGGAACAGGAGCUCCAAUUUCAAAGACUUACCAGAGAACUGGAAGUGGAAAGGCAAAUUGUGGCUAAUCAGCUAGAAAGAUGUAGGCUUGGAGCAGAAUCACCAAGUAUCGCCAGCACAAGCUCUACUGAGAAGUCAUUUCCUUGGAGAUCGUCAGAUCCUCCGACCACCAGUGUAAACAAACCCCAAGUGUCAGAGAGUGUUCAUACCAAUGCCUAUGACAUUAGGACAGAACCAGAACAAGGGAACCUCUACUCACCAGAACAGACAUCUCUCCAUGAAAGGUCUGUAGGUAACUCAAGAAGUUCAACACAAAUGAAUUCUUAUUCUGACAGUGGUUACCAGGAAGUAAGCAGUUUCCAUAACAGCCAGAAUUUGAGCAAAUCAGAAAACAGACAGCAGCAUUCCCUUAUUGGAACCGCUAAUAACCAUUUGGUGAGAAGCUCGCGAGCUGAAGGGCAGACAUCAGUCCAGCCUUCAGUAAAUAUUGCGACCAACCGAGUCAUGAGACGUGUCAGUUCAGUCCCAUCCAGAGCCCAGUCUCCCUCUUACAUGGUCAGCACGGGUGUUUCCCCUUCAAGGGGGUCGCUGCGAACGUCUCUGGGUAGCGGGUAUGGUUCUCCAUCAGUUACUGAGCAGAGAUCCCUUACUUCUCAUGCGUAUUCAUCCACUACUCUGCCGGUACAGCGGGCAGCAUCCCCGUACGCUGCACAGAGACCUGCCUCCCCAACGGCUGUGCGGCGCAUCGGCUCGGUUACAUCCAGACAGCCGGCAAAUCCCAAUGGCGGGACUUCCCAAUACCAAACGUCGGUCAGAGUUGGCUCUCCUCUUGCCCUUACUGAUGUACAAACCAGAGUAGCUUCUCCAUCCCAAACUCAGCUGGGAUCUUCUUCCCCAAAGCGUUCUGGCAUGACUGCAGUUCCACAGCAUUUGGGAACAACACUGCAAAGAACGAUUCAUGAUAUUGAACAAUAUGGACAGCAGUAUGACAUAUAUGAGAGAAUGGUCCCUCCACGUCCAGAUAGCCUUACAGGCCUGAGGAGUUCAUAUGCUAGUCAACACAGUCAACUAGGACAAGAAUUACGAUCAACUGUAUCUCCGGACUUGCACAUCACCCCUAUCUAUGAAGGCAGAACUUACUACAGUCCUGUGUACCGUAGUCCAAAUCACGGAACAAUUGAGCUCCACCAGGGAUCCCAGUCAGCAUUAUAUCGAACAGGGUCAGGAGUUGGAAAUCUGCAAAGAUCAUCCAGUCAGCGUAGCACACUCACAUACCAAAGAAAUAAUUACGCUCUGAACACAACAGCUACCUAUGCGGAACCCUACAGGUCAAUGCAGUAUCGACUGUCAGAGUCCAGUUAUAACAGGCUGCAGCACGCAACGCCCGCCGAUGAUGGGACCACACGAUCUCCAUCCAUAGACAGCAUUCAGAAAGACCCCAGGCAAUUUGCUUGGCGAGAUCCAGAACUGCCUGAAGUCAUUCACAUGCUUCAACACCAGUUCCCAUCGGUUCAGGCGAACGCAGCUGCCUACCUUCAGCACCUGUGCUUUGGAGAUAACAAAGUAAAAACGGAGGUAUGUAGGCUAGGAGGGAUCAAGCAUCUGGUUGAUCUCUUGGAUCACAGAGUCCUGGAAGUUCAGAAGAAUGCUUGCGGCGCACUGAGAAACCUUGUUUACGGAAAGUCUACUGAUGAAAACAAAAUAGCAAUGAAGAAUGUUGGUGGGAUACCUGCCCUUUUACGAUUGUUGAGGAAAUCCGUUGAUGCUGAAAUAAAAGAGCUUGUAACAGGGGUUCUCUGGAACUUGUCUUCAUGUGAUGCAGUAAAGAUGACAAUCAUUAGAGAUGCUCUGUCAACACUAACAAACACUGUGAUAGUGCCACAUUCUGGAUGGAACAGUUCUUCCUUUGAUGACGAUCAUAAAAUUAAAUUUCAGACUUCCCUAGUUCUGCGCAAUACUACAGGAUGCCUGAGGAAUCUAAGCUCUGCAGGUGAAGAAGCCCGGAAGCAGAUGAGGUCUUGCGAAGGGCUGGUUGAUUCACUGCUAUACGUGAUCCACACGUGUGUGAACACAUCAGAUUAUGACAGCAAGACAGUGGAAAACUGUGUGUGCACCCUGAGAAACCUUUCUUACCGUUUGGAACUGGAGGUACCUCAGGCACGUCUGCUAGGAAUCAAUGAAUUGGAUGACUUGUUAGGAAAAGAAUCACCUAGCAAAGAUUCAGAGCCGAGUUGCUGGGGGAAAAAGAAGAAGAAGAAAAAAAAAACUUCACAGGAGGAUCAGUGGGAUGGAGUUGGCCCUAUACCAGGAUUUUCCAAGUCUCCUAAAGGGGUGGAAAUGCUAUGGCACCCAUCUGUGGUAAAGCCAUACCUAACGCUUCUAGCAGAAAGCUCCAAUCCAGCUACUCUAGAGGGCUCUGCAGGAUCUCUCCAGAAUCUUUCUGCGGGCAACUGGAAGUUCGCAGCAUACAUUCGAGCUGCUGUCAGAAAAGAAAAAGGACUACCAAUCCUUGUGGAGCUGCUGAGAAUGGAUAAUGAUAGAGUUGUUUCAUCUGUGGCAACUGCCUUAAGGAAUAUGGCGUUAGAUGUUCGUAAUAAGGAGCUCAUUGGUAAAUAUGCUAUGCGAGAUCUGGUUAAUCGACUUCCAGGAGGCAAUGGUCCAAGCAUACUGUCUGAUGAGACUGUAGCAGCAAUCUGCUGUGCUUUGCAUGAGGUCACUAGCAAAAACAUGGAAAAUGCCAAAGCCCUCGCCGAUACUGGAGGAAUAGAAAAGCUGGUGAACAUAACGAAAGGAAGAGGUGACAGAUCGUCACUGAAAGUUGUCAAGGCAGCUGCCCAGGUACUGAAUACAUUAUGGCAAUACCGAGAUCUCCGUAGCAUUUAUAAAAAGGAUGGAUGGAAUCAAAGUCAUUUUAUUACACCAGUAUCAACACUAGAGCGAGAGAGAUUCAAAUCACAUCCUUCUUUAUCAACAACGAAUCAACAGAUGUCACCUGUCAUACAGUCAGUUGGCAGCACAUCCUCAUCACCGGCUUUAUUAGGAAUUAGGGAACCCCGCUCUGAAUAUGAUAGGACGCAACCUUCUAUGCAGUAUUAUAAUAACCAAGGCGAUGUCAUUACACAUAAAGACAUAUAUACUGGUUCCAGCAAACCUUCACCAAUUUACAUCAGUUCCUAUUCCUCACCAGCAAGAGAACAAAAUAGACGACUACAGCAUCAGCAAUUGUACUACAGUCAAGAAGACAGCAACAGAAAAAACUAUGAUGCAUACAGAUUAUACUUGCAGUCCCCACAUAGCUAUGAAGACCCAUAUUUUGAUGAUCGAGUUCACUUUCCUGCUACUUCAGAUUACACAACACAAUAUGGACUGAAAUCAACCACAAAUUACGUAGACUUUUAUUCCACCAGACGAUCUUCUUAUAGAGCAGAACAGUACCCAGGUUCACCUGACUCCUGGGUGUAGCAUCAAAGAGAAAAAACAACCGAUUUCUCAUCUUGCUUGAGAAGAAAUGGAAUGGCCUCAUUUGUUGUUUUGGUUAUGAAAUGUGAAAGUGAAAUAAAAGAAGGAACAAGGAAGAUUUUUUUUUUUUUUUUAUUUUUUUUUGAGUGAGGAAUUGUCAGGAAGAAAAACUGGAAGGGAUGGUUUUUUGCUCUGUUUAGAUGUUAGGUAUAAUUACUUGUAGCUCCUGUAGUCUGGUGAGGGUGUGGGCGAUGUGAUGAAAGGUUUGAGAAUUGAGUAAAAUGAAUUUGGAAAGUGUGUAGGUCAGAGCAAAUUAAAGCUGAUUUUUUUUUUUUUAAUGUGAAUAAAAGUCUUGUUCUGAUAGUUUGUACAGAAAAAAUAAAAUGGAUGCCCUUGUUUUAUUGCUAUUACUAAAUGUCAAGAUUGUAUGCUAUUACGUCUUGUAAAUUUCUUUCGUUGGUGUAAAUAUGGAAAUGCCACAUUGGUUUAAAGUGCCAUCCAUUUGUAAUGCAGUGUGUCAUUUUAAAAGGAAUUUGAAACAUCAUGCACAAAAAAAAAAAAUCCAAGAAAACAUAAAUUUUAAAAGGAAAAAAAAAAAACUUUUAAAAAUGAAUAGUGUAAUUUUGAAGCACAAACUCCAGUCCAGUAUAUCUACACUUCUCCCAUUCCCUGCCUAUUUCAUAAGAAACUUCACUGCCAUUUUCUAUGCACAUGGAAUAACAAUAAAUAUGGAAGUCUCAUCCAUGGAAAGCUGUUCCCUGUUCAUUUUUAUUUUUUUUAUUUUCUGUGUGUGAUAUUUGGAAACAAAUACCAUGAAAUAUGAAGUCUAAUUGCAUGUUUUUAAGCAGGUUAAAUAUAUCAAAACAUUUGGGCCAUUUUCCCAGCUUUCUUCAGUGCAUAUAUUCUGAAUUUGUCAGGCUGGCAGACCAAAGUGUGAAAUUAUGCACUUUCUUCCCAUUAUUCCUUAGACUAGUAUUUUUACUUUUGAUAUGGGCAAUCCAAGAUAUUUCAGAACUCUAUCCUGUUUUCUUCCCAUCACUCCUCUACUCUUCCCCUUGCUGUCCCCAAGAAAAUUAAGAUGAUCUUGCUUUCAUAGAAAUUAUAGUCUCCAUUUUUACUACAUUCUGCUUGGAUUUACUUACAAUAAAAAUCUUUGAUUGUUUUAAGUAACUAAAUCACUUUCCUCAUGCUGUAGAGUCUGUUAACUUUAUACUGUCUGUAAUCGUAAUUAUUGUUCCCCAUCAUUGCACUUUUCUUUGGUUUUCAGUGUUUCCAAAUACCCUGAUUGCAUCAGUGAAAUGAGAAAAGGUAAGCAGAACUGCUCCA